AUGUACGGCGCAUUCCCGGUGCGGCGGCAGACCUUUUCAAACCCUUUAGGUUCCUUUAAACCCUCGCGUCGAUGCGAAGACAAUUUGAACUGGGUUAAUUGUGUGAACGAUAUCGCCGACAGCACCGAUACGGACGUACCGGCUCUCCUGCGCAAUGCGCCUUCCAGCGUCGAAUUCAAGAAGCUGCGCAAGCGUCUUUUGCGGCAAUCUCGCGAGGCGAUUGGCGACUACGGCAUGAUGCCCGGUGAUGCGUCGCCUGAAAGCAGGCCGAAAUGGCUGGUCUGUCUGUCCGGAGGCAAGGACAGCUACACACUUCUGUCGGUCCUGAUCGAGCUGAAAUGGCGCGGGCUUCUGCCGGUUGAACUGAUCGCCUGCAAUCUGGACCAGGCACAACCGGGUUUUCCGACCGACAUUCUGCCGAAAUUCUUCGAAGACAACGGCAUCGAGCACAUCAUUGUGCGCGAGGACACCUAUUCCAUCGUCACCGACAAGAUCCCGGAGCACCGGACCUAUUGUUCGCUAUGUUCUCGGUUGCGCCGGGGAAUUCUCUACCGGAUUGCCCGGGAGCAGGGCUGCGAGGCGAUCGUGCUCGGCCAUCACCGGGAAGACAUUCUGGAAACCUUCUUCAUGAACCUCUUCCACGGCGGCCGUCUGGCGUCGAUGCCGCCGAAGCUGAUCAAUGACGAAGGCGAUCUUCUGGUGCUGCGUCCGCUGGCCUAUUGCGCCGAGAGUGACAUCGCCCGAUUUGCCAGUGGUAUGCAGUUUCCGAUCAUUCCCUGCAAUCUCUGCGGUUCCCAGGACGGGCUGCAGCGUGAGGAGGUCAAGCGCAUGCUCCAGGGCUGGGAAAAGGCGUCGCCCGGACGCCUCGGCGUCAUGGCGCGUGCUCUCGGCCAUACGAGACCUUCUCAUCUCCUGGACAGGUCACUUUAUGACUUCGCCAACCUGCGGCCUGCGGAAAGCGCGGCAGAAGACCCUGGCGGGGAGGCAGAGGAACCCUGCGGCGCCAGCCUUGCGAUGACGGCGAAGCUGUUCGCGGCGGAAUGA